AUGGCUCGACAGUGGCGAUAUCUUCUAAUAUGUCAAUGGUGGUUGUCGACCGUCCAGCUUGCUGUUGGAUGCUAUAUCAUAGGAUACUGGGCAUGGCGCGUCAAUUACGCACAACAUGGCUGGUCAUGGGAUUAUGGCGUCGACCAAAUUGCUGGAAUUGCAGGAUGGUUGGCUCCUGCAGUAACUCAAACCCCACUUCAAACCUUCCGGGCUCUCUUCUUGGAUAGCUCCAAUACGCGCGCAUCGGCUGUCUUGCUGGCAUCCACUAUGCUAGUUGCGGGCGUUUGCUCGCUUUGCUUGCUAUCGAUCUACUUAUUUUUGGUAUUCGUGCUGCGUCGUGAUUCAUCAGCACACAACGUUUGGAUCAAUAACUCCAAAGAUGCCAUGAUGGGCAUAGUUCCUUCAGCACUAUUGAGCCCUCCUACCAUACUUGGUCGUCCUCGUAUAAUGGCAGUUCCUGUGCCAUUCCCGAGGUUUUUUAAAAGGUUCUUAGCCACUGCACUAUUCCGCCGAGUCAGGCCUGUGGAGACACGGAUGUAUGCACUUGCUGGCAACCUUUUUGCUAUCGUUUCAAUAGCGGUUCUAAUGUUCAGACUCAUUACCGCGCUUCAGAAAGCUCAGGACCAGAUUCAAACUCACCUUCCUAUCGGAGCGACUGUAUAUGAUCCUCGUUGGGAUACUACGCGGAUAUACGAUAUUACCUUGAACAUCAGUUUGACUUGGACCGUUCCAAACGGACUAGAGGGAUCUACUUCCCAGUUCCAGAUUGGGGCUGGGAAUCAGAAACAGUUCAAAAUCGGAUCGUUCAAUUAUUCGUUUGCCCUAUUUCCCCCUACGAUCCUGCAAGAGAUGACUUCACAUGUUCCGCCAUAUAUAGGCGACACCAGCCUUGGCAUGCUUACCUACCGAAUUGAGGCGCAGCUCGCGGAAGCAGCGACCAACGGAACAGUACAUGAAAACCAAAUGCCUCGCAUAUGGCUGGUGAAUUUACCAGAUUUGGACAUGAGGCGAGGCCUUGAACCGUCGGACCUCCUUCUGGAGGCGAUGAGUGUACGGAAAUACCUGCCUCCUCUGAAUCUUCUAUCUGGCUCCCAUAUCACGGGGGAGACAUCGCUGAUUACCCGAAGGUUCAUCAUAUCCUCCAUAUUGAAGGAUUGGGUUCUUAAUUCAGAUCCAAGCUAUAGAACCCUUUCAUUAUAUCCUACAGCGCACUCAUCUCUGACCGCCCUCAACUCCUCUGACACGAACCUUGCAACAGCAAACAUCCGUGCCACCUUGAACCCUGGGCUCAUGUACCAUCGGGCUCAAAUACCCGUUCAGAACAUUGCCUCGAGUGAUACAUGCGACUAUAUUACCGAUUACAGGGCGAGCACUAUUCUCGAUGUUAUUGGCUCAGUUGGUGGUCUGUUCGCACUCCUUCAGGCCGUACACGUACUGCUCUUUGGGAGGCCUUUACUCUGGGGCCUAACCGGCGCCAAAACUAUCACACCGUUUGGUUUGUUAGGUCGAUGCAGCUCCCGUAGUUUCAGACGUCGCUUGAGGGAGGAAUACUACGGCCAAUCUGACGAAGAAAGUACAGAUACGAUCCAGAUUGGAAAACUUUUACGAGACUUUGUGAUCGAGCUUGGGCCUGCUGAUAUUGACCCCAAGUCUGGUACUUUGCAACAGUCGGAAACUUCAUCACCAAAAAUGGGGGAACCAACUAAUGUUUCAGUCACAAAGCCCUCUCGUGCACCUCCGAUCCGAUACUAUAUCAAUAGCGAAAAGUGA